GAUUAUUUUGGCGCCCAUGCACGUAUGCUAAUAUUGGGACAGAUGUUUUUAUUUUUUCUUCUCUGGAAUUUGCAAGUUUUGAAGGUUUAAGCAAAAUUUUUUCGAUUCUACAAUGGGCGACGAAAGCGUGGCUUCGUCACGUUCCCGUCGCCAGAAGAGUGAUAAGCACGGCAGGUUCGCUGCAUUGCAGAGGUUGAAGGAGCAGAAGGGAGGAAAGCACAAGGCCGAUCUUGAACACCAAGUCAACAAUGUUUACGACCUGGUCGAUGAAAAGGAGUACAGCAAGAGGGUCUUGGACAGGCAGUGCGAUGACUGGAUCGUGGAUGAGGGCAGUGGCUAUGUCGAGGAUGGCCGUGAAAUUUUUGAUGACGACUUGGAUGAAGAGUCGAUAGCCAAGCAGUCGAAGAGCAAGGGAGGUGACCGAAAGAGGAAAAGUAGACAACAGGAUGACGCUGAAAGCGCCAAGGGUAGUGGCAACAUCCGCCACAUGCUGGCUAACAUGCAGCCAAAGAAGAAGAAGGUGGAGGACGUCAAUAUUGAAAAUGAUGAGGUUUUGGGAGAGUUAAUGAAAGACCUGGACGCCAAACCCUUAGCACCUGCACCCCCAAAGCCCUUGCAGCGGACACUAAGACCUCCUCAGCCUCCUCCUCCAGCUCCAGCCUCUCGACCUACAAGAGUAGCUGUAAAACCUCCAGUUGUGGUGCCUCAGAUGACAAUCAAAGAUGAGCCUCUGGACGAGGUGCCACCUUCACAAUUCAUCGAAGACCCGGACUCGAUGGAUGGCUUCACCGACCAAGAUUUUGCUGAGAUUGAUAUCAAAGUUGAAGAGAGCCAGCUAAUUAUCCCAGAGACUCAAGAGUCACAGAUGGAAGCUGUAAUCGAAGUGAAAGUUUUGAACGUGAAGCAGGAUGCACCAGUACCAGUCAAUUCUGAGAGUGAGUGGAGCACCAUGACAGAAAAUGUUGAAGAAGAGUCCAAGUUGGAUGUCUCAACCUCUGAAGUAAAAUUUACGGAUAGUGGACUGCCGACUGAGAAAGAUGAUGACGAUAAUGAUGUAGUGCGUAUGUUUUGGUGGGACGCCUUUGAAGACCCAUUCAAGCACCCAGGUGUGGUGUAUCUUUUUGGAAAAGUCAAGUCUAGUAUUGGUGAUGAAGGGAAAUCGGCUUGGGUUAGCACUUGUCUCAUCGUCCGCAACAUUGAAAAACACGUUUUCCUCCUUCCAAGACAAUACAAACUGGAGAAAGGCAAGGAAACCGAUGAGGAAGUUAGCAUUGCUGAUGUCUACAAGGAGUUUAGCUCAACCGUUGCCAGCAAGUACAGUAUCCUGGAGUUCAAGUCUCGCUCCGUCACCAAAAAUUAUUGCUUUGAUAAGCCAGGAAUUCCAAUUGAAGCUGAAUACCUUGAGGUUGUAUAUCCAGGAACAAAAGAAAACCUGCCUAGUGACUUGAGUGGAAACACAUUCAGUGAUGCAUUUGGCACAAAUACUUCUAGCUUGGAGACUUUUCUGCUGCAAAGAAAGUUGAAAGGGCCCUGCUGGCUGGACAUUAAAGGCGCCACUAAAGUGAAUAAUCCAGUCAGUUGGUGCAAACUUGAGAUGACUGUGGACGACUUGGACAAUGUGUGCGUGUAUGCUGAAAAAAGAGCUCCACCUCCUCUUGUGGCCAUGACUCUGAACCUGAAGAUCACCGUCAACCCCAAAACCAUGCACAACGAAAUAGUCAUGGCAAGUUGUCUGGUCAGCAAUAAUUAUGCAGUCGACCAGCCACCACCAAAACAAGCAUUCCAGAACCACUUUUGCAUUGUAUCAAAACCAACUGAAGGAAAGUGGCCUUUUGACUAUAACACCUCCCUGGGCAAAACGUCAAACUUCAAAUCGACAACUUUGCACAAAGUCGAGUCUGAACGAGCCCUUCUCUCCUUGCUGCUGACUCUGCUUUUCAAGGCUGACCCUGAUUUGUUGAUUGGCCAUGACAUUGCUAACUUUGACCUUCCAACCCUGAUGACUCGACUUUCCAUUCUGAAAGUUGAGAAUUGGUCCCGCCUUGGAAGGCUAAGAAGAGCUAAUAAAAUGGAUACUCAUGGUAACAAGUCAUACCAAGCAAAAACAGCUGUCAGUGGCAGACUUGUUUGUGAUAUAAAACUGUCGGCUCAAGAAUUGAUUAAGGCUAGAAGCUAUGAUUUAGAUACCCUGUGUGAGAACAUUUUAAAAAUAUCUGAGAACCAGAGAGCUCGUUACAACGUUGAGGAAAUCCGAAACAGUUACAACACUGGUGCAGCUCUGAGAAACCUCAUUUGUGCCAGUAUGCAGGACGCAGCUUAUAUUUUGAAAAUCAUGACGGAAAUCAAUGCAAUUCCUCUUGCACUGCAAAUCACUAACAUUGCUGGCAAUGUGAUGUCGAGAACCCUCAUGGGUGGUCGCUCUGAACGAAAUGAGUUUCUGCUGCUCCACGCUUUCAACGAGCGAGGGUAUAUUGUGCCGGACAAGGUUUAUGGCAAGAAACCAGUAGCCGCAGUUGAGGAGGAUGAGGAAGGCGGAGGUGGCGGCAGCAAGAAGAGCCGCAGGAAGAAGGCUGCUUAUUCUGGCGGACUUGUGUUGGAGCCCAAAAAGGGCUUUUACGAUUCUUACAUUUUGCUGAUGGACUUCAACUCACUUUACCCCAGCAUUAUUCAAGAAUACAACAUUUGCUUUACAACACUGCUUCUAAACCAAAUUCCAAACAAAGCCCCUAAGAAAAAGAAUAAUGAUGAUGAAGAAGAACCUGAAGAGGAAAAUGACGGAUUGGACGAGCUACUAGCUUGCUUAUCGUCAGCUCAAAAAGCAGCACCUGGAGUGCUCCCAACUGAAAUCAGGAAGCUGGUCGAAAGCCGAAAAGCUGUGAAGGGCAUUCUGGCAAAGGGUGUUUCCAAGCCUGAAGAAAAAAUGCAACUAAAUAUUAGACAAAUGGCUCUAAAACUGACUGCCAACAGUAUGUAUGGUUGUCUUGGUUUCUCUCACUCGCGCUUUUACGCCAAGCAUCUGGCCGCUCUCGUCACAGCCAAGGGCCGUGACAUUCUGAUGAACACCAAGAGCCUUGUGGAAAAAAUGGGCUUGGAUGUAGUUUACGGAGACACAGAUUCCAUCAUGAUAAAUACCCGCAGUACAAACUUUGAUGAAGUUCAAAAACUUGGAUUCAAGGUGAAAGCGGAGGUCAACAAAAUGUACAGGCAGUUGGAAUUGGACAUCGAUGGAAUCUUCAAAUAUCUAUUGUUGCUGAAGAAGAAGAAAUACGCAGCUUUGACAAUUGCCAGACUGCCAGAUGGCAAAUUCAAAACUGAGCAGGAGUUGAAGGGUCUAGAUAUUGUGCGCAGAGACUGGGCCCCAAUGGCUGUCACAGUUGGAAAGUUUGUCGUUGACCUUAUGCUUGGAGACGUUAACGCGGAUGAACGAAUCGAAAAACUGCAUGACCGACUCAGCGAGAUCAGAGGGCAGUUGGAGAGGGGUGAAGUUCCCUUGCAACAAUUGGCCAUUGCCAAAACCCUCACCAGACCACCAGAGCAAUAUUCUGACAAGAAAGGUCUUCCUCACGUUGUUGUUGCCAUGAGACUCAAUUCAAAAGGAGGCAGAAAACUGAAACAGGGUGACACUGUUCACUAUGUUGUCUGCAAAGAUGGAAGUGAUCUUCCCCCAACCCAAAGAGGCUACCACCUGGACGAAAUCAAAGCAAAUCCAGCCUUAAAGGUUGACAUCGACUAUUACCUUGCUCAACAGGUUCAUCCUGUUGUCACUCGCCUAAUUGAAUGUCUAGAAGGAACCGAUGCUGUCAGAGUUGCCGAGUGCCUUGGUCUUGAUGCAACCUUGUACCGCCAAGCUAUGAAGCGAGAUGAGGACGAGGAUGACGGUUACAAGCAAAUUAGCCAGUUCUGUCUUUCUGAAGAAGAACGUUUCAAGAAUUGUGACAGCUUUAAAUUUAAGUGCAAGAACCCAUCGUGUAAAUCAACCAUCGAAAUGCGUUCGGCUUUCUUGGAAAAUGCCAAACCACCAAAAUUAGUCUUGGAAAAGUGCCCCAACCCUGACUGCACCACCAAGCCCUCUGACAAUUUACCAUACCUGCAAAAUUGCCUUUCCAACGCAAUCAGAAGCCACAUUGUGAAGUACUACGAAGGCUGGAUGGUUUGCGAAGAUCCUCGUUGCAAAUUUAGGACCAAAGUGGUUGGAAACAAGCUUCAAAAGGGCAACCCAGUGUGCAGAAAGUGUGAACAGGGCGUUAUGUACAAAGAGUACACGGAACAUGAUUUGCAUCAGCAAAUUUACUUCUACAGAUACCUUUUCAAUCUCAGCAAGUACCCAAAUUUGAAACGUGACUUAAAAAAAGAUGCUGAUGCUUAUUAUUUGACACUCAAGAACCAAGUCGACAAAACCAUUAGCUUGAGUUCAUACUGCAUUUUGGAUCUCACGGACAUUUUCAAAAAGCUGCAAGUAAAGAAGUCGGCACUCCACAAAACUUUGUUAUAAGGGUUGGUAUAUAGCAGAAAAUAGGUGAAUUUUUACCUUUUUAAAUCACCAAUUUUAAACACAAUUUAUUUUUCCUACGCUGAUGACUACAUGAAUAUGAACUACGGCAUUGUAUAAUAAAUUAAAUAAAAUUCUCGCUUAACGUAACAUAAGUUAGAUGUCUUCCAA